ACUGAUGGUGUGUUGAUGAGUUAAAUGAAUCCUUCAAUUCUGAACUUACGUCCGACAUUAUAGGCCUACAUGUAUUGUGUGUAAACAGUUAUCUAUUUUCGGACGAAACUCAGUCCCUCACAAACUGGUCGUUUUUUCGGAGAGAAUAUCUCAUUUCAUUAGCCAAUUGUUCAAGUGUUUCUUUCAUUGUUCAGGUAAUCCUUUUGAUUGCACCUAAAAACUGUGCUUCCCCUAUAUAGGAAAUAGGAAUGACACUUGUUUUGUACCUAGCUUAAGGCUUUAAUAGUUUUGACAUGAUAGGGCCUACUGGUAUAAUAAAGUGUGAAAUGAAAUUAGUUGGUAGGUCUCCCCUCAGUAUGGAUUUUUAUUCUAGCUGGUAUUCUUAUGCCCUGUCUUGUAGUUGUGUUGAAACCUGAAGUAAGGUGAAGCAAUUGUGUGUUUGGUGGGCAAGUCUCUUCAAACUGUACAAGAAACUGAAGAAGAUGGCUGCAUCUGGGAUUGCAUCUUCAGGCGACCAGAGCCAGAGGCAACUGUUGACAGAGCUGUUCACUGCUGUGAUGCACAAUGACGUGGAAGCACUCCAAAAUGCUGUAUCCCAAGGGGCAAACAUUAAUUAUAUUUUCAUGUCGGAGCCAGAUGAAAGUGGAUUUUUUCAGACGACAGUAUUGAUCUUUUGUUGCCAGAAGGGUUAUUUAGAUUGUGUGAAGAUCCUUCUGGAUGCUGGAGCUGAUCCAGAGAUUGGAGCAAAAUGGGGAAAGACCGCUUUGAUGACUGCUGUGAUGACACAGUGGCAUGAUAUAAUUGCGCUCUUGAUUGAGAGGGGGGCAAGGGUGAAUGUUAAGGAUGAGAAGGGUAAAUGUGUGUUAAGCUAUGCUGCGGAUAACUCGGAUGAGGUAUCGGUGAAGAUGUUACUCGACGCUGGCGCCUACAUUGAGAACCGAGACAUGCACGGUUUGUUGCCGCUUCAUGUUGCUGCGACUGUUUACGGCUCUGAAGGAUGUCUUCAGAUGAUGCUGGAGAAUAACCGAGAUAAAGUGGAUGCGAUGGACAAUGGGAGGAAGACACCAUUACAGCAUGCCGUGAUAAGUGGUUCUCUCGAGUGUAUGGCCAUUCUCCUUGAGGCUGGAGCUUCCCCCAAUGUCUUCGAUCACCACGAAUACACACCUCUCAUGAACUGCAUCUCCAUGCACAUACAGUAUCCAGACUGUAACGGUUUCUAUGAGAAGAUCCAGCUUCUUCUCCAGUUUGGUUGUGACGUGAAUCUGCAGAGUAAGACAAGUGGUCGGACGGCAGUUCACAUGGUUGUUGGAAAAUAUCAAACAUGUACACAGAUGAUGCAGUUGCUGAUGAGGGUCGGAGGUGAUGUUAACGUAAAGGAUAAAGAGGGCAGCACUCCUCUUAUGCUAUCACUGAUGUCAAACAACAAGGCAGCAACUCGUCAACUCAUUUACGAAAACUGUAAAAUGGACACACGUUCUUUGGAUAUUGCCGUCCUGAAAGGCAUGACUGAUAUGGCGAGUUUGUUGUUCACCGCAGGAAGUGAAUUCGACCGGGAGAAAUAUCAUAAAAAGUUCGAGACGAAUCCGAGAUUCAUGCACGAUCGACCGGAAAUGUAUUCUUUGCUUCAGUACAAUCUGACGACUUGUUUUUCCUUGAUUGACCACUGUCGACGUGCAAUCCGACAGGCAGUGGGUCAGGGAUUACCGUUGAAGAUUCUAGAAGUUGGAUUGCCGAAGUCUUUGAUUAAUUAUGCGUUGAUGAAGGAGGAAUUUGAUGACGAUGCUGAUCUUUACUCACCUGUGGCCUAAAU